AUGCUUGCAUUGACCGAUUUUCUGGUGGGAAUUCUCGCUCAGCCCCUCUUCGUUGCGGGUCUGAUAGCUAUCUUGCAAAUGGAUUUAAGCAAUGGCCGGUCGUGUUUUACCGAAGUUUUUCUUUUUGCUAUCGCAAACUGCUUGUUAUCUAGCUCGUUUUUGCACUUGUUGUUAGCAAGCGGAAAACGCUACGUCGCCAUAAAACACCCCUUCGAUUACAUAACAAUCGUCACAGAAUCUCGUUUACUGAUUGCAUCGCUACUGGCUUGGGUUCUUUCUGUGAUUGUGCAAAUUCCACUUGCCGUUGAUGAGACUGUGUUUUAUAUCCUGCACAGUGCAGUUAUUGGUCUUUCUGUUGUUGUAAUUGUUUUCAGCCAUUUUUCAGUGUUCCUAGAAACUCGCCGGCACGAAAACCAAGUUGCAGCCCAGCAAGUUACACAGGAAGCCAGGAAACAAUUUGAAAAAGAUAAAAAAGCCUUCAAACUAACAGCUAUUUUAGUUGGUGUUCUUUUACUGUGUUGUACACCGUUCAUGUUUAUUAGAAUUGUGUUUUAUAUUCUGGAGUACGAAAUCCACUUUGAAGCGUUUCAUGUAAUUGUUUUCUUCUCCACCACUGUAGUGUUUCUGAACUCGUUGCUAAAUCCUAUGAUUUACUGUAUCAGAAUUAGGCAAUUUCGUGUCGCGUUUAUUGAGUUAACAUUUAGAAAUGCUAGCUUACCGAGGGCUGAAGAAAUUGAGAUGCAAUGGUUUGGAGCGCCAGACGGUGCGAAUAGACGUGAAACUGGGCAACAUGAACGAGGGCAGGAUCAACAAAACAUCGAGUGA